AUGUCUGAUACUGCAAAUGGCCAGGUGAAUUCACUGCGAGAGUCGCUGAAUAGGUGGAAUCAAUCACGCUCGCAAAAUUCUCAAGGGUUCAAUGAGUCCGCUAAGACGUUGUUCUCAUCUUGGGCUGAUUCUCUGAAUACAAGAGCUCAGGAUGUGUACCAGAGGUUGCCAAUAUCCAGACAGGACUUAGUACAGAACCAAGAACCGUCGUGGUUCAAUAUCUCGCGGACUGAGAGGUUGCUUUUGUUCGUCUGCUUUAUACUGGGGUCCGUAGCGUGCUUUACCACCUGCAUAUUCCUGUUCCCGGUACUGGCCGUGAAACCCAGGAAAUUUGGGCUCUUAUGGACUAUGGGAUCAUUGUUGUUUGUCCUGGCGUUUGGCAUUUUUAUGGGUCCGAUGGCCUAUGUUAAGCAUUUAACCUCCAGAGAAAGACUGCCAUUUAGCGUAUUCUUCUUUGCAACAUGCAUUUCGACGAUUUAUUUUGCAGCUAUUCGGAAAAGCGCGCUUUUAACCAUUCCCUGUGCUAUACUGGAGUUGAUCGCGUUGGUGUAUUACGCAAUCUCUUACUUCCCCUUUGGAAGUACUGGAAUCAAGGUAAUAAGUUCCGUGGGAGUGAACUCGGCAAGAGGAGCGCUUCACAUUUGA